AUGUUGCAGCUACUCUACACUGCGAUUUUCAGCGAAAUGCUUCUGAUUCUCACCCUCGUUUUCAAGACUCCACUCAGAAAACUCGUUAUCGUUUCCCUUGAUCGGGUCAAGCGCGGUCGUGGCCCCGUCGUGGUGUCCACCGUGGGCGCCACAUUGGUGGUGGUUCUCUCUUCCAGCCUCUACAGCAUGGCCAAGAUCCAGCAACGCACCCUCGAGGCCGGUAUGCUCAACCCCACCGACCAAGUCCUCAUGUCCAAGCACAUGCUCGAAGCUUCUCUCAUGGGGUUUUUACUGUUCCUCUCUCUGAUGAUUGAUAGAUUGCACCACUACAUAAGAGAGCUUCGCUUACUCAGGAAGACCAUGGAAGCUAUUAAGAAACAAAGCCGAAGUUUUGAAGAAAGCAAAAAUGGUAAUACAGUGGAACAAAAAGCAUUGACUGUAGAAAUUGCCACAUUGAAGUCCAAAAUUAAGAAACUGGAAUCUGAAUGUGAGGAAAAAGGAAAUGUGGCCAAGACUUUGGAAACUGAAGUAGAGGCUCUUAAGAAGCAGUCUGACGGGUUCCUUAUGGAAUAUGAUCGCCUCUUGGAAGACAACCAGAGUCUUCGGAGUCAGUUGCAGGCCAUUGACCAGAGCUCUAAGCAAUCCUGA